AUCAAGUGGGUCACAAUGCUAGAAUGACCAAAAGCUUAUAAGCGUAUCUAUUUAAAUCGUUUAUAUUGAGUUUGAAAGUAAGAGAAAUUUUUUUUACACAUCUUAAACCUAUUAAUGCAUAUGCACGUGAAUACAUGUAAAUAAUACGAGCCUAUCAGACAUGAGAAUUGUUGUGAUGUCACUCUUCAAUCCCUCUCCAUCUAACUAAAGCCAUAAUCAUGAAACUGAGGUUAUGUAGCGGAGCAUUUUUUCGAAAAGUUUGUGAUUAUAUCGUACUACAUGGUUAUGAGUAAACUUUUUUUAAAAAAAAAAUGCAGAAUUUAAACAAAUUCUUAGCAAAUAAAUGAAUGAUAUUUACUUGUCUAUCAAGUGAAAGUGAUUCGAUAAAUAAAAUGGAGUUGUUUUAUAUUGAACUGUUAUGUUGGAUAACAUAAGUGUCAAAUGCGACUGUCUGUGAUUGAUAUAAUUGACACUUUUCCUGUUUGAUUGUUAUACAUUAUACCGCAGAUUAUCUGGUCAGUUGAAAUAAAUAACUAGGCCUUGAUAAUGAAAAUGAUCCAAGACUGGAAUCGUUGGAGAUAGUUUACAUUUAUUGUUCAGGCUUAAAUUACGCUAAAGAACAACUCGGAGAUCAUGUACGAUACCUUCCUAGAGCAAGAUGCCUGGUGUUACUGGGUUGUUUCCAUAGCUGCUCUGUUAUCUUUUGUUGGAUUUAUCGUAGCUUGUAUUUGUAGCUGCAGACAUAAUGAAAACAAGAGCGAGUUUCUGGGACUUGCGGGUAUGGUAACAAUCACCCGUGCUGAAAAUGACGUUUUUGAUGGACAACCAACGUUGGAUAUCGCCCAAGUUGUUACUCUGGAUGCUGUGGAUGGUGCAAAAAGAGCAAGUAGUGCAAACAGGAGCCUUCCAGACAUUCCAAAGGAUCGAAAUGCUAGCGCUGAUGAGAAUGGCAUUGGAUCAGCAUCGCAAGAUAUUAUUUACGAAGCAGCAGAAAUUAUGGGAGAUUCUUCAGAACUAUAUGCUACUGUUAGAGAUAAAAACUCUAAACACGACAAUCAACGUGCGACUCGCACAAGCUCCCAAGAAACUUCAUCACUACAAGAAGAUGAUAGUGCUUCGCCUUACGCUAGGUUGAAUUCCGUAAACUCUACGACAGAUGAGCAUCCUUAUGCACAAGUUCAAAAUGUUUCUAAAUCUGAAAUAAAUCGACAAAACAGUUUUAGAAAUGCUAGUCCACUGGAUGUUAACCAGAAUCCUUCAACAAGUCAAGUAAAUAAUCCAGUAGCUCCACCAAGAGCUCGUAGAUCAUCUUCGCAUAAUUCUUUGUUAAAUAUUGAUGCAUCAACUGGUGAUAUUCAAGCAGCAAAUGCUAUCACUGGAGGUGUUCAAGCGAAUCAAGAUUUACCCUAUAUGACACCACCAAUACUGAUGUCAUUACCAAGACCACCACAACCUCAACAUAGUGGUCCUCCUCAACAUUUUAGUGGAGAUUCUCAAGAUUCUAAGGGAUAUACUAGUAUCAGUGUUCGUGAACCACUUGCUAAUAUAAUUGCACAAACUAAAGCAGCACAUCAAAAUCGACAAAAUCCUCGACCUCCUACAGACUCACAUUAUGCUACAGUUUCUGAUGAUUCAGAUGAAAUGUAUGCAGCAAUUGAUGAGCAAGAGAAAAUUUAUACCAGUGGUAGUGAAACUUAUGCACAAAUUCAGCCAAUGAUCAGUGAACAAAAUAGACAAGUUCAUGCAGAAGUUCAACCACAAGUUCAUCAAGUUACUCCACGAAUUAAUCCUGAAGAAUCAUUUAUAUUCCCAGCUCCACAACCACCUAGUGUUGAUAGUUUAAGACAUGUCGCUCAUGCACAUUCUCGACAAGCUUCAUCUUCAAGCGCUACAAGUUCAAUAAUUAAUCCAGGAUCUCCUAAACCUGAGAAACGUCAAGCCAAUUCUCCUCUUCCACCUCCACCGCCUCCACUGCCACCACCGGAAGAUAGCGGUGAUGUUUAUGCUCAUGUUGAUAAACAUGCUAAAGUAGAGGAAUAUUCAAAUCACCAAGGUCUUGCUUCUGGGAAGUCUGUUGAAGAUAUGUAUGCAAAAGUAAUGAAGAAAAAAAGAGAUUCUGAAGAAGAAUCCUGCCCUAGAUCUUCUAAUAACGUUCAAGGAGAAAAUCCAAGCCAAGAGAAAAAAAUGAAUCUUGUUGAAAUCAGUCGAGCAUCGUGGUCUAGCCAUGAUUCAGUAGAAAUCCAUAAAAGAGAGCCUGAAGUGAACAGAACAUCAAAUGUUCCUAUGGAAGUAUUGAAUACGGAAUCUACUAUUGAAUUUAACGUUGUUGGAAGAAAAUAUGAGCUUGACCGUUUAACUCCUGAAGAUAUUUUUGAACCGAUAAAUAAUCAGAGAUCAAUUGGUUCUAUUGGAGCAAAUGAUCCAAAUUAUGAAAUGCUACGACCGUUAUUUUCAAGAGGAGAAGACUCUAAACCAAUUACUCAACCAACUACAAGUAUGAGAAAUGGUAUCGAUGUCUUACCUUUUUACUCGGUGCCCUUUAAACAUCGACAAGUAAGUAAUGCCAGCAGUGAAGAUCCAGGUUACGAGAAAGUUAGAUUACGAAGACGCGUUGAUCUUGAUGCUGACACUGAUUCCGAGCCGAAUUACGAGAGCAUGCCUCAUGACCAUGGAGAACCAAAUUAUGCUUCAGUUUGUCGUCCAGGGGAUAGUGACACUGAUCCAAAUUAUGAAUCAGUCCACAAUAGUGAUCCCAAUUAUGAAAGUGUUCGAUAUAUGAGCGUGACACACAAAACCAAUUCAGAUCCACCGUAUGAGCAAGUUAAUUCUUAUAAGCAUGAUGAUCAAAAUAUUGACGGGUAUGAGAAAGUCAAACGGCAGAAUGAUGACUCUAAUUAUGAAAAAAUCCAAGAAACGUCACGAGCUUUUACCGAUAAUACCGAUACUGACGACGAACAGUAUGUUCAAGUUUGAAGAUUAAGAUAAAUAUAAGGAACAUGAAUAGUACAAGACAACAUUUAAGUUUUUGACUGCGUAAUUUAAAAGAUCAAAGAUCAGAAAAAGUUAUUGAAAUAAAUAAAUAGAUGUAAUCUUGACGAAAUUUUUAUAGAGUAUAAUUAUUAAAUUAAAUUCAUUAAUUUCAAUAAUAAUUAAAUUAUUAUUGAAUAAAAUAAUUUAUAAAAAUAUAACGAUAAUAUAAAAUAUUCAAAAAUAUUUUUUAAAAUAUUUAAUGGAUAUUAUUUUAUAAAAGUGAACAUAAAAUUUUUCACGUCUUCUUGUUAUCUUUGCCAUUUACAUAUAAUUUCCAUUAGAUAAAAAUACCUGGUAGAAAAAAAAAGCAAACAAUAGUUUUCAGAGCAUGCUACAAUUUUUAUAACAAAUAUUAAUAUAAGCUAUAAACUAUCAAAGUUUGUCAUUGAUUUAACCGUAAUAUAAAAAUGGUAAAAUAAUGUAUGCUAAUAAAUAUAAGACUGAUAAAGACUAGAAGUGAGAGAACAGCGCAUCAAGUGUAAGAUCAAAUGCAAACAAUGAACAGAAAAGAAUCAAUAAUAUAAAAAAACAAUAACUAAAAACAAUUGACUUUUUUGUAAUAAAAAGAACUGACAUUUGUAACAAUACUGAUUAAUCAAUAUAAUUUAAAAAUGAUUUAUUUUUCCGUUCAUCGAAUUAUGUAAAUAUAUUCUUUUAUCAAAGCGUAUGUAUACUAUUUUGGUCGAUAAGAAAAAGAACUAAAUUAUUAUAACUAUAAUUAUUUAUUUAUUUGA